UACUGAUGAAACUCACCUGUGGGAGUGACGCAGCGGCUCGUGCUGCCUGAGACCCGGCGCGAGUUUACCGAGUGAAGCAGGACGCGAGGACGCGAGGACGUGAGACCGGCGGCGGAAUGCAGAAAGGACUCAAGAAAUACUUCGUCAACAUGGACGAGUACCUGAGCAGCCUCGGCCUCUACCGGAAGAUGGUGGCGCGAGACGCCUCCAGCCUGUUCAGGGCCGUGUCCGAGCAGUUGUAUUACUCUCAGAACUACCACCAGAGGAUCCGUCAGCAGUGUGCCGACUUCAUGAGAGCAAACAGAUGCAACUUUGAACCGUUUGUUGAAGGUUCAUUUGAAAAAUAUUUGGAGCGUCUGGAGGAUCCCAAGGAGACAGUGGGUCAGGUGGAGAUCAAGGCUCUGUCUCAGCUCUACAGGCGGUGUUUCCUGAUCUAUCGUUACCCGGGGAAAGCUGCCACUGUGAUCUCAGAGGACGACUUUGUUGACAAGGUGACGCUGUGCUGCUCCAUCAACGGUCACUAUGACAUUGUCUACCCGAGGAGCUACCCAGCCUCCGCCGCGCUCUGCCAGUCUCUCUUCUAUGAGCUGCUCUAUAUUCAGGUUUUCGGCUUCGAGGAGGCAGAGCUCUGUCAGGCCAUGGAGGCCUUCAGGGUCGGAGGCCGUCGCUAUAGAAACAGUCCGUCAGUGUGCAGUGAUGUCGACUUUGGUUUCGACACAGCUGAGAACAGGGAGGAGCUUGAGGAGAGCGGAGCUUCUGAGGAUAAACGAGCCGCCACGGACGACAAGCCUGCAGAAGCCCCGCCCCCCUCCAGACUGUCUCUACCUUAUAAGGUCAUGAAGUCUCUGGACGGAGACGUGUACAGGAACCUGGAGUUCGACGUCUGGCAGGACACCUGCAAAGAGAUGCAGAAGACAGACUACAUGGUGUUUGCAGGGAGGCAGUAUUUCUUGGGAGACAAGUGUCAGGUUCGUCUGGAGCCGAAGGGGAAAUAUUACAACGCCUUCAUACAGGAAGUAGGAACACACUCCUCGGCUGUUACUGUGUUCAUCGAGGAGCUAGGAGAGAAACACCUCGUCCCUCUCGCUGAUCUGAAGCCGGUGAAUCCGGUUCCAGCCUGGAACGUCUCUGCUCCGACCAGGAAAGACCUCGACUCGGACUCUCGUGGUCAGCGUCAUCACCGUCAUCGGUACUUCAGGAAGUCCCGCGGCAGCAGCGGGGUGAAGGGGGCGGAGCAGCUGAUGGCGCCACCGUCCUACGGCGGUCCGGCACCGUCCGCCCUGCCGCCACGCUUCCAGCCGGGAAUCCCCGCCCCCCCCCCGCCGCUGUCCCCAGGCACCAUGACCUACGACCCCUACGCCCCUCCACACCACCACCACCCCACGGCCCGGCCGCCCCGCUACGGCGCCAGAAGCUCCACCCGUUUCCUGAACCGUCACCUGAUUGGUCCUCAGCUGACCUAUUACCACCCCGGCAGGAGAUAUUACCAUGACUACGAGAGCUUCGCCUUCCGGUCUCGUCGCAGUCGGCGCCAGCUGGCAGCGGCACUGAACAAAGAGUGUCAGUUUGGUUUCUCGGAGGCGUCGGAGGAGCCGUCCGACUUGGAGCCGCUCGCCUUCUACCAGCUGGACGACGCCGCCGACACUGUGUUCCCGCCACUGCCGGGCCCGGCUGUGGCCCCGCCCCCCUCCCUGGGAGGCCCGCCCCCUCCGCCCAGCUCCUCCUACAGAGUCCAGAGAGGCUCGGGGCCUCUCCCCCCCGCCCCGCCGCCCGGCAACACGCCGGCGUGUUCGUCAGAGGACGACCAGGAGGACACGAGCACGGCGGAUGACCAGGCCGAGUACACGGAGGAGUACAUCUACCUGACUCAGGAUCAGAGCUACCAGACGUCAGGUGUUUACAGCGCCGCCGAGCCCUCUAGCAACCAGGACGAACAGGAAGUAGGAACAACUGACUCUCCAACAAGACCAGAGAUCAAUUACAGCUACACACAGCAGGUGGUGAAGCCGUUGGCAGUGAUAUGCUCGUCUCCCUCCUCUUCCUCGUCCUCGCCGUCUUCUCCGUCAUCACGUCCGGCAACAGCUCACCUGCCAGCAGCCACACAGACACGCUCAGUUGCCAUGGCGAUUCCAGCCGCCUCUCCCUGGUUGGUUAACGAGUUGGGGGAGGCGCUCUGCACCGUGGUGGCUCCACCCCCUUACUCCUACGACCCUAAUGGCAGCGACUUACCUCGAGACUGCAGGGUCCUCCAGUAUUACUUCAACCUCGGCGUCCAGUGGUACCAUCAGAGCUGCUGGCAGCAGCAGCAGGUGUACUCCGCCACCUCACCGGAUUCCUCCUACCCCUACCAGCACUACCCCCCAUACCUGAGCCCCGACGCCCCCCUGCACGCUUCUCCUCCUUCGUACCCUGAGACUGCUCGAGGCCCCCACCAGCCCCCCUCCUCCUACCCAGAAUCCAGCAGGGCAGGAGAAGGACAGACGGACGGACACGCCGGCCCCGCCCCCUCUGUAGAAGGCCCCUCCCCCACCAUUGGCCCCGCCCACCACGGCCCCGCCCCCUCUGCUCAUCUAUACCCGGAUCAGACGCCCCUCCCCCCUCCCCCACUGCUGCACCUGUCGUAUGAAGCUCCACCCCCGGCUGCCUACCUGUCCUCGGCCCAGCCCCCUCCACUCCCUCAUCCCCCACCCCUGAGCCAUCACUCCUCCUACCAUUGCCUCCCCCCCUCCGCCCACUGGGGUGCGCUGCAGACGGGAGGCCACGCCCCCCGAGUCUACUGUCCUGCCCCCGGCCCCGCCCACAUGGUCAGCUACAUCACAGCCCCGUCCCCCCACUACAUCCCCCCCCCUAUGUGACGCCCCACCUGUUAGCUCGAGGCUAACAACUCCCUGUGUUCAGUAAGCAGCGCUAGCGUCACCAGGAAAAAAAAGGAGAUAUGAAACCUGUUGUGAUGUUUGUUAGCAUGUAAGCAUGUUAGCCUCACGAUCUGCACAUGGUAAGUGUUAGCUGGAGGCUAACGGCAGGUCCUGUUGUAUCGUUCGGACGCUCCUUAAGUCGUUAUUUUUUUAUCUUUUUAUCACCUCCUGACGGAACAUUUAUGUUUAUUAAAAGCUUACUUUGUAAAUGUCGGCCGGCCAAUCAAAGAGAGGGGGCCUGGCCAUCCCUGUUUACUGAUGAAGGGAUCGAUUUCUGUUAUUAUUAUUAUUGUUCUGGUUUGUUUCUGUUACAAGGUGAAUAAAGUUUGUUUCACCAGCAGAUAA